UUCUUGUUUAGAAGCUGAAGAUAUGGUUGUUGCAACUUCCCAGCCUCCACCUGGAGUUGAAACUCAUGCUCAAGGCAUUCCUUCUGGCAUGAUGCCAAUGCAGGGGUCUAGACAUACUGGCCCUAAUUCCUACAGAGGACCCAAUCCAAAUCACUUUGACCGUCAACAGCAAGGCAACUGGCCCUUCUUCUAUGUUCAACCCUCACAGCCUUACUUACCAUGCCAGUGGCCCAUGCCGAUGCCUUAUGUUCCCUAUGGAGGCUUACCAGGGUUGGGUUAUGGCAUGGUUUUGCCACCCUUUCCUCCUCCUUCAUAUGUUGAAGCUCCUGGCUACAUCCUUCCCCACACCCAGCUGCACAUGGUUGACUACAGACGCAUGAUGGCCCCUCAUUUAGCACCUACAAUGGCAUACCAGGCUCGCAGAUUCCGCUACCAGCACAUGACACCAUCUGGUAGAGUCAUGGUCAGUUCAGAAGUUCAAACUGAGCCUGUUUCUGCCAACUCUCAACAACAGGGAUACAACGUUGUAAAAAGCACUCAGAACAGAUCUGAAUCUGGAAGAAGUACUGACUCUAGUAGUGUUCUCUCCUCUAUCCCAAAUGAAGACCAAUCUGCUUGUCCUGAAAGGGGCUGUUCCAUGUUAAACAAAAUGGCUGGAGAUACUGCCAAAACUACUGCUGUUCAAAAUGGUGGUAUUCUUUUCCAAGCGGAGGAGGUGCGGAUUGAGUGUAGUGGUUCCCCUUCUGCAGUGAAAAUCACACAUUCCAAGGAGACCACUGAGCUAGCAAGCAGUGCUGAUGGAGAGCUCUUGCAGUGUAAUGUAGGAUCUGCAGAAGAUGUGGUCCUAAGAUGUUUUCAACCUCUGCCUUUUGGGGAUGAGGAAAGAAAAGGUACAAAAGACCUCAGCCACUUGGAGGACCCUUGCCCAGAUAUUCUAAUGGUUUCUUGUCCCUUGAAUGGUUCUGUGAGCACACUAGAAGGCUCAAUUGUUGCACCUGUUGAACCGGUCAACAGUACACUGGUGGUUCAAGGGGAUCCGAGCUUGGUAAAAAGUGCCCAGGAUAUGUGCGGUAACCCCAAGUCCAUUCACUUUAAAAUCCUGCGAUUACCCCUUGACCUGCAGUGUCUGGAUGAGUUUCGGCAGAUGGAGGCCUCUGUUUGGUCUGUAGACUCGUUGAUGCCUUAUGUGCCUACAUCAGAGUGGAUGAUUCAAAAUAGCCUGAUGACUCCAGGGAAACAAUCCCUUCCCAUAGUAAUGGAGGUUCCAGCUGAGAGUGCUCAACAAUCGAGUAAGUCCCCAGCAGAUGCAACACCAUGUUUGCUGGAAACUGGAGCAGUGAUUGAACUUGGACAAGACUCGAUUACCUCACUUGAAUCCCUUCUACCAUGUGGACCCCAAAGUCCUAAUGCUGCUUCUAAGAAAUUGAAAGAGGAGAUGACUAUCCAGAAUGUUAUGGCUGAGUUUGGUCCUAAUGAGGAGGAUUGUACCAUGACUUUGUUUCCAGAGUCACCUCUCAAACACGAACAGAUGUGUAAAAGGUGUUCGGUGAAACACAGUACAGACAUCUGCUCUGGUAGUCGAAGCAGCAAGGCUGGUAAAAGGCACAAAGUUUCUCGUGCUCAUUUAACAGGGAAUACGGUCAAGGGUCCAUUGUGUGCCAAAUGUAUGGGUGUUCCUGAGAAAAAAGCUAGGUGCAAAGUAGCUGCUAUUAAAGCAAACACAGAGUUGAACAACAAAAUCAACGAAAUGAGUGAAGUCUCUGAAAAUGAUGUAUAUCCUACAAAAAAAUGCUUAGCGCAAUUGUACAAGGUUCAAAAUCCCCAUUCAGGUAAACAUUUGGAGAAAUGCCCUAUGUCUCUCCAGUCCAAGCUGAGGGAGCAAAAUUGCUUGUGUGAGGAUAUGAGGGCUUCACAAUCCACUUCAUCGUGGAACAAAAAUAGACAUAGUAUGAAUAAUGACAUCACUUGGGCAAAAAAUGAGGAAAACCUGGCUCUUUCAGCAAUGGAGGGAUGGACUGAUGCUGAGCAGAGAUUCAUUGGUGAGAAGUCAUGGAGAGGAAGUGUUCAAGGGUCAGAUGGUGAGAGUACCAAAAGUGGAGGAAAUAUGAGGACCCACAAUAAGCCAAAACUGUACACACGAUCACUAGAUGUUCACAGAAGAGACACAAGAUACUAAAGACACUAUUUGCACAGUGACCAAAUGGACAAGGGCACAUUUUAAGAUCACGUUUUAAAUGUCACAAUUUUUUAUUUUUUUUUUUACACCCCCUUUAAACACUGCACAGUUUUAUACAGUGAUUGA